AUGAAGCCCAGCUUGGGGCCAGAGACGGCCCCUCGGCCGCCAGCCUCGGACAUCCGAGUGUUCGCCAGCAGCUGCACCCUGCAUGGCCUGGGCCACGUCUUCGGGCCGGGUGGGCUGACCCUGCGCCGUGGCCUAUGGGCCACGGCCGUGCUCCUGUCGCUGGCCACCUUCCUCUACCAGGUGGCCGAGCGGGUGCGCUACUACGGCGAGUUCCACCACGAGACCGCGCUGGACGAGCGCGAGAGCCACCUGCUCACCUUCCCGGCGGUCACCCUGUGCAACCUCAACCCGCUGCGCCGCUCCCGCCUGACGCCCAACGACCUGCACUGGGCCGGGCCGGCGCUGCUGGGCCUGGACCCCGCCGAGCACGCCGCCUUCCUGCGAGCCCUGGGGCGGCCCCCCGCGCCGCCUGGCUUCAUGCCAAGCCCCACUUUCGACAUGGCGCAGCUCUACGCCCGAGCGGGCCACUCCCUGGAUGACAUGCUGCUGGACUGCCACUACCGUGGCCAGCCCUGUGGGCCAGAGAACUUCACAACGAUCUUCACCCGCAUGGGUCAGUGCUACACCUUCAACUCUGGGGCCAACGGGGCUGAGCUGCUCACCACUCCCAAGAGCGGCAUGGGCAACGGCCUGGAGCUCAUGCUGGACGUGCAGCAGGAUGAAUACCUGCCUGUGUGGAGGGACACCGAGGAGACCCCGUUUGAAGUGGGGGUCCGAGUGCAGAUCCACAGCCAGGAGGAGCCUCCCCUCAUCGACCAGCUGGGCUUCGGCGCAGCCCCCGGCUACCAGACCUUUGUCUCCUGCCAACAGCAGCAAUUGAGCUUCCUGCCCCCACCCUGGGGCGACUGCAGCUCUGUACCUCUAGACCCCCCGGACUUAGAGCUGGAGCCUGCUGGGCCCCUGGGUUCCCCCCACACUCGCCCGGGCCCCAGUUCUCCUUACAGCCUAAUGGGCUGUCGCCUGGUCUGCGAAAGCCGCUAUGUGACUCGGAAAUGUGGCUGUCGAAUGAUGUAUAUGCCUGGUGGUGCCCCGGUGUGCAACCCCCAGCAGUACAAGGACUGUGCCAACCCAGCCUUAGACGCCAUGUUGCGGAAGGACGCGUGCGCUUGCCCGAACCCUUGCGCCAGCAUACGCUAUGCCAAGGAGCUCUCCAUGGUGCGGAUCCCGAGUCGCGCCUCGGCCCGCUACCUGGCGCGGAAGCACAACCGCACCGAGGCCUACCUUUGGGAGAAUGUGCUGGUGCUGGACAUCUUCUUUGAGGCUCUCAAUUAUGAAACGGUGGAGCAGAAGAAGGCCUAUGAGGUGUCGGAGCUGCUUGGUGACAUUGGGGGCCAGAUGGGACUGUUUAUUGGUGCCAGCCUGCUCACCAUCCUUGAAAUCCUGGACUACCUCUGUGAGGUGUUCCGAGAUCACGUCCUGGGAUAUUUCUGGAGCCGUAGGCGCGUCCAGAGACACUCCAACACCAAUCUGCUGCAGGAAGGGCUGGGUGGCCCUCAACCCCAUGUUUCCCACCUCAGCCUGGGCCCCAGGCCUCCGACCCCUCCCUGUGCUGUCACCAAGACCUUCUCGGCCUCCCACCGCACCUGCUAUCUGGUCACCCGGCUCUAG